UUUGAAUGUUCGCUGUUGAUUAAUUUAUUGUGAUCGAUUUUCAGUAGAAGAGAUUGUUUGAUGUUUUCAUGUUUUAAUAAUUUACUGAGAUAACUGUAAACUGUUAUUACAGUAAGCGCGAAGAUCUAAUGAAAUGUAAAUGCGGUUAGAUCAAAGGGUUUGAGCGGCGAGAUCAAAGGGUCGUCAUGGCCGACAGGAAGUCUCUGAUUGUGGUCGAGGGCGAGGCGUCCGAGUCGGACUCCGAUCAGGAGGUCUACAUGUCGUCUGGACUCACGGUUCCGGGCGAAGCCUCAGAGACGGAUAGCGAGGACGAGGAAGAAAAACCCACCGUCUUCCAGCAUCACCUCACGCCUCUCACGGUCGAACGUCAUGACAACCUGCCCAUCACUCAGCAGAGCCCGACCACACCCACUCACGGCAGCCAGGCUAACUCGCUGCUGCAGCAGAAACUGCAGGAGAGCAACGCGCGGCUGUGUGCCGACGUGAGCCAGAGCGUGAGACAGGUUUAUCACGGAGCCACGAGAGACAUCAAAGCAGCCACGGCGCAGCUGAGUCACUCGCAGGGCGUGAUCAUCGCCGCCUCGCACGCCGUCCGCGUCGCCGUCGACGACCUUAGAGCUGUCUGUGACAAGAUCGACAUCAUUACUAGCUGUCGGCUGCUCCCCGACAUCGCUAUGGCAACGGCUUCAGUGCCUGCUCCUCAUUAACCUGAAUCCUGCGGAGUCCCGUUGCACAAUGUUUCUAGUUUGGUCUUCAGCACCAUGGGGUUGUGAGUUUGCCAGAGGGCCAGAUGUUUUGAGUUUGAAUCCUAGAUUCAGCACUGACCAGCACAGAACUUCCAAAGUCAGACAGAGAAAAGGUUAUCUGUCACCCAGAAGGUUAUGAGUUUAAACCCUGUUACUGACAGAACCAGCAACCUUUAAAUUGUGCUCAGACCCCAGCAUUAUUAUAAACUGAAAAAGUGCAAAGUCCCGGUGCUGGUUUGCGAGGUAAAGACCAUGAGUUCAAAUCACAACACAUAUUUCCAGCUGGUCGCUCUGAGGUUGUGAGUUUGAAUCUCAGACCCUUGGAUACAAGGUUAAGAGUUUGGAUCAAACAACCAGAUGUUUGUGGGUUCAAACCCGGGCAUUAACAGAGUAUCAGCUGUAAUUAAAUUGUGUAUUUAUGCUAGUUUAUAGCAGCCAGAAGGUUGUGGUUUUCCGACCUCAGCACUGACAGAGAUUUAAAGUGAUAAAGUGAGAUAUGUGUUAUCUUAUACAGAGAUAUGUGUUAAGUUGAUAUGAGUUAUAUUGGCUUUCUCACCAUCCUGGGGUUCAAACUCACAACAUUCAGGUGACUAGCAUUAUGUUGUUUGUAUAAUAAAAAAAAACAUAAUUUUUUUUAUUUGUCUUGUAAAAUGUGACUGUGUGUGUAUAGAGAUUUCACUUUACAACAUCAAACAGCUUUAUGAAUCAUAAUCAUAUGAUCAAGUGUGUGACACAACAGUCUAACCGAUAGUGUGUGUGUGUGUGUGUGUGUGUGUGUGUUUAAGACUUUACAAUAAAAACAGUGUUAAUUCUACACAACAUCCUCAUGCUUCUUUA